CUUCGUGAGACAUCGUGGAUGUUUAGUCAAGGCAUUUUGGAUAUCUCUUCCCGUGUAAAUCAAAUGCAUUUUUGGUGCGUAUAGCAAGACAUCCCUAUGUCCUUAAGGCAUUGAGGAUGCAUUAGAUGCGCCGAGAUGUCCUAUAAAAGUAGGCUACCACGAAAAACAUUUUAUUUUAACAUGUGAAAAAAUUAAAUAAACAAACAAGAGAUUAAAAAUUUUAACGGAUUAAGAUAAAAUAAAAAUGACUCAGUUACAGUAGAAUAAGAUGAAACAUUUAUAUUGAAUCAAAGAAAAAGCUGCUAAACACAUUGUGGGAACAAAUAAAUUGAAAUCACAUCAAAAUUGACCGGUACAAAUAUCACAUGUGCAACUAUGAAGAAAAAUACGAAGAAGGGAAAAGCGAAAAAAGGGGUAAAGCGAAAAAAAAGUGGCUCAGUAAUUCAUUUUUGUCUAGUUUUCUUUGUUGAUCAGUUGCGGAUGGAUGACCUGCAAACGGAUCAGGAAUGUUGUGACUGAACGCAUUAACAACGAUCCAUCUUGGAGACAAACUUAUCACAAAGACAGCAAUUAUACGAAAUUAUUACAAAUUCUUGAAAAAAUUCGUAAAAUAUCAUGGCUUUCGAUCAACAUUUUCAUGUUUUGGUGUAAAUCUCGAUAAUUUUUCAAUGUGAAAAUUCAACCAAACUCUCUCCUUAGUAAAAUGCUAAGGUAACGAAAGCGAAAUUCAAAAAACUGACCUGACACUUUGUGCAUUUACGUCUUACGAGGGAACCUCUCGAGGUGAUAAAACGCUUUUUGAUCGACAUCUAAUGGGUUAUAGGUUAUCGACCAUGCUGAUUCCGAAUAUGAUUAUGGGAGCUGCCCUUAACCGUACGAAGGUCCGGUUUUCUGGAAAACCAGGUUUUCAGAAACUAUAAAAGAUAACCAAAACCUUUCUUAAUGAAGCAUGAUUGUAGCCCGCGAAUUCUGAUUAAAAUGAGAUAUCUCCCAGCUCUAGAUGACCUUUCUUUGCAAAGUUAUAGAAUUUACAGGAAAAGCCCUAAAUUUCUAGCAGGUAUCGUUUUUCGCCUGUCUUUCUGCAGAAUAGAUUUUUGUUCAAACUUCAUACCAUCUGUGUUGGCUCUUUAUAAGUGUCGUUCUACUUUUUUGCCUUCGCGUCAUCCGUGAUUAUAGUAGUGUUUCUUUUAACGAGUCAUUUAACCAACUCUUUUAAAGACUUGUUUAAAUGAAUUAUGUCAAUAAUCUCAUUUUCGACAUAGUUUUGUUUCUGCUAAUUUAGAGAAACCUGGGAUUGAGGGAUGAAUCGCUGCUUAUCAUUUCAACGAUUUUUUGAAAUGUAUCGAUAAUAGUUCUAAGGAUUUGAUAAAUAAAGUAAUAUAGUCAAGGUUCCACACUGUGGCUUCUGUUGUUUUUAUUUAGUUUAUAUGAAUUAUUAUUGCCUAUUAAUUCCGAAGCAUCACGUCAACAAAGAGCAAGAUUUGAACGUUAUGAUGAUGUUGAUAAAUAUCCACUGAUAAUUUUAUUAUCACGAUAACAAAUGCUGAAGUACAUCAGGUAAGAUGUUGUCAAAUGACUAUCAGACCAUAUCGACUUGAGAGCGCAACGACAUUGAGACUUAUGUACAUUCAUUAAUUUAUCUGUUAUGAUUUAACGGAAUACAUCUCAUCAGAGAAUGGUUGUCUAAUCGUUCUAGUAUAUCAGGAUUAAAUCAUUCUCUUGCUUUGCCUACUAGCAGGUGAGGAUGAAACAGCAUCUGGUAGUCGACUAUCAACAAAGAUGUGUAAAGUUAUCGUUCAUCUAGAGUUCUGCUGUUGACUACGGUCUUUUUCUGAGUAUAAAAAAAGCCAUUCUGAUGUGAUUUUGAAUAAGUUUAAGACGUCUUGUUUCUGAUGGUAUUGGUAUAAACUUUUUUAUCAAAUGAAGAAAUAGUCUUGGUAUAUAUCAUAAUAAAGACGGAAGAACCACAACAAUAUAAAGGAAAAAUUCAAAGCAUCAUUUUAACUAUUCAUUUCAAUCAGGUAUAAAUUUCAUUAUGUUAAUUUAGCAAACACAACGUCCAUAUUCAGACAAUCCUCAGAUCCAAAAUGCUAGUGUCAGAGUAACAUCUACAGUGAAUAAUUUAGAUGAAACCAGAGUAGGAUACAACAAUCGAAACGAUACUAAACGACAGGUUACAUUAUCGUUAUCCUUACCAAAAACAAUGACUGGAAUUAGUGGCAAUGGUCUUGAUUUGGACUCACGUCGUUUCGCAUAUGCUCAAACAACAUUAGACGUGGGAAAGCGCUAUGAUUGUUUAGUAGUAUCAGCAAAAAAUUCAUCAUUAUUCACACUGCAGUUACUAAAAGAUGUGACCUCAAUGAAAGAAUUUGCACAAACUUUAUUUAAGUUUUAUUUUGGUCCCUACAGUGAUCAAUUAGUUAUCGAUCGUGGUGGUAUACAACUAAAUCUAUGUUGUAUGUGUCGUCACUGCGACGAUGGUUAUGUAACAUGGUAUCGUUCACAAAUAAUUGAUUACAAUUUUGAAUCGGAUACAUGUGAUUUAUUUUAUGUUGAUUAUAAUUUUUGGAGAGAACAUGUACCACGUACACGAUUGAGAUAUAUCUUAAAAGAACAUCAACAAGAACCGGUGAGAAUAUUAACAUGUCAAUUAAAUGAUAUUCAAUCACAACAUGGUACUGGUAAAGUUGCUAUUAUGCAUGAAUAUUUUAUUGACACUUUUGUUGUUCAGUAA